AUGUCUCAUGUAUGAACAUUGCUCAUACUAAUAGUGCAUAUUUUACUCUUGUUUUGAUUUUUUCUUUUUUCUUUUAUCGUCAUUGCACAUUGAAAUGUUAACAAUCAUGUAUGCUGUAUGCCCGAGAGGGCCCUAAUUUGGAAAUAAAUCAUAUUCUAUUCUAUUCUAUUCAUAUAUAAAUACUACAUUGUGCAAAUAAAAAACUAUAAAGGAUUUUUAGGAUUUAUAUGUUAUGCAGUAUACAAUUCUAGUUCAAAGGAGACGAAGGUCCAUCAAAUCUAUAAUUAUUGAUGAUUCAGAUUACACACAAAUAAAAAGACAUCCAUAAGGGGACCAGGGUUAAGGUCAGUGAAACAACCGAAAUUUGAUUUUUGAUACAUACACGACUCAGGGAGGGGGUCGAUCCGGACCCCCUCGAUCCGCCUAUAUAAAACUGACAACGUUCAUGUAAAUCCCAACUACGAGUACUAUGAAUACGGAUACAAAGACUUUGAAGAGAAAAAGUGAACAGACUGAUACACUAAUUUACAGGAAAUACUGCGUCAGUCGAUAUCAGUUUGUUGUCAGUUACUAGUCUUUUAUGAUAACUCCAUGCUGAAAAAAAUCAAUAAAUGAUAAUGAACACUAAGUGGCAAUAAAUUGAUGAACGAUGUAAGAGUGUCGCGUACGAACACUAGAAUAGAGGAUGUGAUAAAAACACGGGUCUGAAGAUUUCUAUCUCUCUGACCAUCGGCGAAAAACAAAGACACCCACAAUUGACCGGUGACGACUAAUUGAGUUAGGACUACCAGGCCCUGAGAGAUUGCGGCUUCCUGUGGCAUUUGUAACCACUCACUAGUACUGCUUUAAAGGAAAUAGAUUUCAUGGCAAAAUAUGUAACAGUUCCCAUAUAAUUCUCAGUCAGGACGAUGGCGGAAGCGCAAUCCGAAAGUUCGGAUUCUACCAACGUUAAAUGUGAUCUGUGUCUUUCGUAUUUCCUCGUCAACUGGGCGUGUCAUGAUUGUGCUCAGAACUUGUGUGAUAACUGUCAAACAUUGCAUUCCAGAAGCAAUGCCAGCAAGCAGCAUGGAAUUUGGCAUCUUCGUGAAGACAAGGACGACGAAAUGGAAUCUGGGAGUGACGCCAUUGACAUCGACGACAUGGAAGUACACAUCUGUCGUAUCCACGAGGAACAGGUUUGCGAUCUGUACUGUAACCUAUGUGAUAUGUUGGUAUGUCAUAUUUGUGUCCGGACAAUUCACAAGACUCACAAUAUUUCGGAUAUUUGUGAAGCUGCGGAGCAGAAAUUCAACCAGCUGAGUAAGAAAUUCGAACACCUUGAAAAAUAUGAACUUGGAAAGGCACGCAAAAUGGUACAAAGUCUGGAGGAGAAUAAAGUUGAAUAUGUUUCCAGUGCUCUCCUAAAAAGAGAAUUGGUUAAAGAGCGAAACGAGAAGUUGAAAUUCAGCUUGGAUAAUCUCACUGACAACAUGCUAAAGGAAAUUGAGACGAAGGAGGAAGUCGACAUACAGUUCAUUAAUAGAAAACAAUUCAGACUGCAAAGCCUGUCCGUAAAGGUGUCAGAAGCAAUCAGCUUCAGCAGAAACAACAUGGCCAACAAAAGUGGGUUAGGCUUACUUGAUGCUUGUGCGGAAGCAGAGCGGAAAGUAGAAAAACUGAAGUUACCGUCUGCUGAUACUGGACCAGUAAAGAUCAGCCCACCUGAAUUUGUUCCCGGCAAAAAUGACGAAGAUUUUUCUAUCGUCUUUGGUACUUUAGAAUACGAACCAAGGCAGAUUUUGACCAGACGCCGGACAACCGUCGCAUUUCCAUACAACAUCAAAGCUCAGGUCAUCGCCAGCUUCACGCAGAAAGCACGAAAUGGAAUUUACAGUAUUUGCACUACCGGAAACGGAAAUGCCAUGAUUGGAACGGAGGAAAGGAUUGUUCAAGUCGUCACAAUAACGGGGAAGGUCUUAGCCAGUAUCAAAGUUGACAUAACACCUUACAACAUUGCUUGUUCUAAGCUUGGCAAGGAUCUUUAUAUGAGCACUUGGAACAUGGAGAUCAAAGGGUUGAAAAAUGGAUCGUUUACACGCUUUAUCGAUACCAGUCCUUUUCAUGCGCAAGGACUAUGUGUAAACGAAGAUGGGGAAAUUUUGGCAUGUCUGUAUCACAAAGAAGACCAGUUUGGAAAGAUUGUGCGGUACGACAAUGCGGGGAAAUCAUUACAACAAAUCUGUAGCGAUGAACGCAGACGACUGAUGUUUCAAAACCCAUCAAAAGUCGCCACAAGUGUGACGAGAGACAUUGUUGUUGUGGACAUGGCUGAGAAAAGCGUGGUUGCAGUUGGAGCAGACGGGCAAAGAAAAUUCACUUUCAAGGGUAUAAAUGGCGGGAAAUUCGAGCCGAAAUGCAUUGACUGCAGCACACUAGGAAGCAUUCUGGUAGGAGAUCACGAAGACCGAAUCCAUUUACUGGAUAAAAAUGGGAAUUUUUUGCAAUAUAUCAUGACAAAGGACCACGGUUUGAAUGACAUCAUAGGCCUCUCUAGUGACCAAGAGGAGAAAAGAAUUUGGGUGUCUUGCUAUGACAAAGUAAUCAUCGCUACAUUAGUCUGAAAUGACAAACUUAUUGGUCACCGUAUGUAGCCGUGAGCAGGCUUAUUCACUUUACUAGGGAUAGUUCCAGUAUCAAUUAGAAGUCUGAGAUCGUUAUCACAAUUUAAGUGCUUGUUAAUUGCUCUUUUCUAGGAGCUAUCAUAAAAUGACAACUAAA